AAUUAUAGCCACAGUCGUUCAGUCAUUGCAAUGAAAACUGGAUCUUAGGCCUUCCAUCUGUGGGACUCGUGUAGUAAUGGCGUCCCGUCUCUUACGCGCUUUUGGAUUAAUAUCAAAUCCGUUGAAAAAGACCACGAAUAACAAUAAUGGAUUAAUAUGUCAACAAGCAGGCAUGGUUCUAAAUCUUUUAACAAGCCAUGUACCUGUUACAAAUAUUGUGCGUAGCACAAGUUUCUUCAAUAAACUACCUGCUGAGUCAUUGUGGAAAGGAGUAACCAGUGUUAGUAAUGCUGGGAGAAAGAGAGGUAGAGCAAGGGCAAUUGGGAAGAAAGGAAUAAAGAAUUUAAAUCGUGGCCAAGUUAUUGGUAUAGGCAAAAUAAAUAUGCAAUGGCCGGGUCUGACAAGUCCUAUAUUACGUGGUAGGGAACUUAUUCAACAACAUAAACUUCCUGAAGAUCCAGAGAGGGAGGCCAAACUUAUUCAAUUGAGAGAUUCUAUGACUGGCUUUAAGAAGACAAAACUAUCCCCUAUUGAACGUGGUUGGACUGGAGAUAAAAUGGGUGGCCGUAGUAUAGGUCCUCCUGAUCCUAUUGGCGAAGAUACAUUUGAAGGGUUUGAUACUAGAGUUUUGGAAUUUAAGAUCGUUACUAACAUGACUGGUAACAUGGGGCGUAAGAGGAGGACCAGUGCUUUUGUAAUAACAGGAAAUGGAAACGGUCUGGCUGGAUUUGCUUUAGGAAAAGCACUUGAUUCUAGAGCAGCCUUAAAGACUGCUAAAAAUCGUGCUGCUCAGAAGCUAAUUUAUAUCAAUAUGUAUAAUAAUCACACUGUGCUGCAUGAUUUCUAUUGCCAAUUUGGAAAGACAAAAAUAUUUGUAACAAAGCAAUACGAAGGUUUUGGUUUGGUUUGUCAUCGCGCUAUAAAAACUUGCUGUGAAGUAAUAGGUAUUAAGGAUCUUCAUGCUAAGGUCGAAGGAUCCACAAACUUGCAACAUAUUAUCAAAGCAUUUUUUAUUGGACUUCUGCAACAGAAAAGCCAUCAGGAAUUAGCAGAAAAAAAGAAAUUACAUUUAGUUGAAUUCAGAAAAGAAAAUGAUUAUUUUCCUACACUGAUCGCUUCCCCAAGUAAAGUUAGAACAGAAAACUACGUUUCGACCACUGAAAUCCGUGAUUUUAAACAGUAUGUGUUAGGAGGAAAGAUAAUGUUGGAAAAGAGAAAGCUUCCUCCAUUUUUCGUAAAACAGAAGUCAUGGAUGAUACGACAGAGAAAACAGGAGUACUUGAGAAAUCAAGAUAAAGUCAGGCUUCGUAUGCUGGCUGAACAUGGCGAACUUAGGAGUUUUCUCACAGACAAAUAUCCUGAGGCAAAGCCAAGAUUAAUGAAUUUUAAAUCAAAAAGAUCUGCAGAAGCAGAGGCAGAGUAGUAUAACGUGCAAGUUUGAAUCAUUUGUAUAAUUUUAGUUCAUAAAUAAAAUGUGAUCACAUUAA